AUGUUUCUCCGUCGCCGCAGCUUUUCUCUUGUGACCGUGCCGCCGCCCAGAAGUCCCAGUUGUGCGAUGACACCCAUCAAAGUGUCCAGGUCCUCCUGCAGCUCGGCAACUGGCUCCACUCCCCCCUCCGUGUCUUCAACGACGUCCUUCCGCGCUGCGACACCUGGAAAGGUUCUCGUGCGUAUCCACGACCGUGACGGAACCGCGUACGAACGUAUGUACAAUGAGGGCGACAACUUGAUGGAGGCAAUCCGUGACGACACCACUCUCCCGGUGGGGGUGCCGGGGGCCUGCAACGGCACCUGUCAGUGUUCCACCUGCCAUGUUCUCCUUCACUCUGCGGAGUGGGUGGCCAAGGUGGAGAGACUGUGUGCCGUCACGGACGUUGAACAAGACUGCCUUGAUAAGGCGCCUGGUGUGUCGGAUGCCUCACGGCUCAGCUGCCAGCUCACGUUGUCAGAGGAGCUCAAUGGAAUUGAGAUCGACUUGCCAAAGAGCACGCUGGACGUGCGAUGGCAGGCUGCCUAUCAACGCUCCACCAAGAAGUGA